AAGCGAGCCAACUUCGUGGCUCAGUUGCAAACUUCUUCCUUCCUUUGAUCAUUCGGGCCGGGCAUCACAUCUCAGUUGGAACAUCAUAUACCCUGGGCACCUCCUCCUGAGGCUGGCGAGAUCAGCAUUGUCUUGUGCCUAUGAGGCUGAACGUCCGCCGCCGACCGUGCAACGACCCCUCUCGACCCCGUGGAUCAUGCUAGCCCGCGUCUUCAUCAGAAUCUCACCUUCUGACGAGAAUCAUCGCCCGACUACUGCCAAUCCAUGCUCCCGCUGUGGGCUCCAGAUCCGCCAGGGACUAUCAACCCGGCGAAACUCGCCAAGAACGCUGGACGAGGACCUACAGCCGGCUCGGAGGUCCUGGACAUCUCGUGCGCCCCUCUUUUCGCAGAUGCUCAGAAACCUGCAGCAUCAUCAGCAGCAGCAGCAGCAGCAGCAAGCCAGGAUGCUCUACCGAUUUCUCCGUCGUCGUCGUCGUCGCCACCGCCGCCAUCACCACCACCACCACCAAUACCUCGUCCAACCGUCCCGCUCCCCCGCAUCACCUCCGACUGGGAGAGCUAUGAUAUUUUCCUGAGUGAGAGUCAGAGGCACCGGGAAAACCGGAUCGAGUUCGAGACUGUGUAUGCUUCCCACAACCGCCGAUGUUCCACGAGGUCGAGACGCACUUCCCAUUACGGCUACUUUCGGACCCAGACGCAGGACGGGGCGAGGAUACAUAUCCCCCCGGAUUUCGAGGCCGGUCUGGAUGCGGCGGUGGUGAUCGAUCGCGCGAGGACGUCGAUAUACGACGCGUACCUUCUCCGAGCCGACAUUAUGAAGAACAUCAACUUCUUCCGACGGCACCAAAUCGUAUUCAAUCCCGAGACGGCAACUUACGUCUUUGUCACCCGCGAAGGCCGCGUCGGGCUCGAGGGCCAUGCUCGGACCGAAAUCGAGUCCAGCAACCUCGACAUCGUCACGGCCAAGUUUCGCAAGAUCUUCCAGGACAAGACGUCGACGACGUGGAACCGACGAUACGAAUCCCUGUCACGGCGGCAAGGGCGGUUCGCGUUCAUCGAGCUCGACUACCAAAAGACCGCGGCGCGCCCCAAGGAACUCCCGGAGUAUACGGCGGUUGACACAAAGACCAACGAGGAAGUCAAGGAUCUGAUGGAGCACAUCCUCUUCGGUGGCCCCGUGAGGAGUCGCAAGCACACCACGGGUGACGAGGGUGCCAGCACGUCCGGGUCGACGUGGCAGGCCUUCACGGCGCCGUACGAGCAGAUCAGUUCGUGGGCCGUCUUCUCGGCGUUCAAGACGCUCGACCGGAUCCGCCAGCACAUCGAGUCCGGCAAGGCGAUCAACUGGAUGACCAUCCUGAGGCUGUCGUCGCACUACCGCAGCCAGAUGCCCUGCUGCUCGGGCGAGGACCGCCCCCCGGUGAUCUCGAGCUACCACGCACUGUUCCUCGAGUCCAAGUUCCUGUACUGUCUGUGGCCACGGCGCGAGAUCGCGACCAUGGCGGCCGAGAUGCACCGCCGGGGCGCGCAACAGCUGACGGCGCACCGGGCGCUGGCCCAGCCGCUGUACCAGGCGUACAGCUCGCUGCGGCACGGGUUCCGGCGGCUGACGGACGCGUCGACGCCCGAGUUCCGCCAACUCAGGAGCUACCUGGAGAACUCGUGCCACCGCAUCCACUGCCUGACGGUGGAGCUGGAGGAGAUCUACCGCGUCUUCGUGAAAGCGCGGCUCCCCAACCCGUACCGCGACUGGCUCGAGGCCAAGGAAGCGCAGCAGGACGGCGACCCGGCCGGCGACAUGCGCCUGCUGCUGUGGCACGGCACGCCGCUCGACUCGCUGCUGGGCAUCCUCGACCUGGGCCUGCAGAUCCGCCGCCGCGGCGCCAGCUGGACGGGCACCAUGUUCGGCAACGCCAUCUACCUGGCCGACGCGGCCAGCAAGUCCGCCAGCUUCUGCCGCUACGAGGCCUGGGAAGGGCGCGGGGUCCUGCUCCUGUGCGAGGCCGACGUCGGCGUCCACCGCAUCCGCUCCCAGACCAGCAUCUACAACGGCCACGAGCUCAUCCGGCAGUCCCGCGGCCGCCACCGGUGCAUCGAGGGCCUCGGCCGCACGGGGCCCAAGACAUGGAGGAAGAUUGAGUGGGAGAUGGAGCCUGGCGUGGGCGACGGGGUGCCCUUGAUGCCCGAGCCGACAGUCCCCUACAGCGACACCCACUCCGGUGGCACCCUGGGCUUCAACGAGUACGCGCUCUACGACCCCUCGCACGUGCUUCUGCGCUACCUGUUUCGCGUCAAGAUCAAGCGACGACCUUACUAGCUAGCUACUCCUCAGAUCCGGCCCUGGAUGAUGGAUGAUGAUGACGACUAUAAUGGCUAUUCUGAUGGGUGUUGUUGUGGUUGCCGAGGAUGCUAUAGACGAAUUCCUGGUUUUAAUGCGCACUGACGGGCUUUCGCGCAGGGACGAAACAUGGGCGUUGGGCGUCAAUUUGUGUACACCACUGAUAUAUGUCAGUGCGUAACGGAUUGAUUGACUGAUUGAUUGCACGGCUUCACGGCUGAGGACGCUUCACGAACGACCGACCGCCUUGGGAUGGAUGUGCCAUCUGAUGACAUGAAACACGCAUGACUUAUGUGCUGGACACGACCCGAGGAAGCGUCUUACCCCCUUGGGUCAAGCAAGGUCCGGGAUAUCAAGUCUUUGAAGGGUGCAUGACUUCGGUGGACGGAUUCGUUUCUUCUCACUAGAUUCUUCAAGACAUUGGCGACUUAUUUGCGAACCAUUUUGGGGCUGGAGUUGGAUUCAGGUUUGGGCUUUGGGUGUUUUUCUGGUGCUCAACGAACUUUUGAAUGACUAUGAUCCAAUGUGUUG